AAAUGAACACGUAUUUAAUUUUUUUAUUUUUAAUCUUCGUGUCCAAAACCUACAGCUCGGUAAUUAUACCCUCGGCGCAUAAAUUUACACCGGAAGAAAUCACAAAAAUAUUAAACGACACGGAAACAACAUCCGACGGCAACCGUUGGGGUUAUAUUUUAAAUAGAAAUAUUUUAUUGGACGUGGACAAACAUCGAGCUCUGUACACUUACAUCGGCAUUGAAGACGACAGCGACAUAACACAAUUCAACGUGCUCGCCACGUUGCAGAAGUACAACGAAGACGGAGAUAGGAAUGACGAGGUACGUUUGGACGUUGCACGCGGAUUGAUCAAAGACGCCAUCGCCUGUACCGGAUUGACGAAAACCAACUUGUUUACAUUGUUAGUUAUCAACGACUUAAUGACUCACUUGAAACGUUUAGUCGACACAAACAACCCGACAGCGACGUCCGGUAACGCCGUGUGCUGCGAUAACGUCUACGGCGAACACCGUUUGAAUUUCAAUAUAAAAUCGGAAAAGAACAAAAUCGAACUCAGGGGAAUGGGCAAAUCGGGGGAGACCAAAAUAUUACAAGCGGAUCCUGCGUGGCAAAAUUUCAUACGAAACGUAGCGGCCGUAGAUAUUGAUUACCGCAUUAAUGUAAGCGCGUUUAAUUCGUAUUUGAAUCCUCUUGGGACGGCCAUCGCGCCUUCCGUCGUGGACAUGUACGAGAUUGUCUAUAUUCUAGUUAAUGCGUUUACAACUACCGAAGAGAAGUUGGCAAAAACGUGCGUGGCUCACCAUAAUAAAUACGGUAAGGCAUAUGAAUCUUUAGCAGAAGAACUCGGUGAAGAAUUCGUCAAAUUCACGAAGGACUUGGAUGAAAAUGAAGAUUCUAAUUUGGAUGCUGACGUGGACAAAUUGUACGAUAUGCUCUUGUUCUUUACGCCGGAAAACAUUCAUCGUGACGCCCCGUAUGCAUUACGACAAGUUCAUUUUACAGACGGAAAUACAAUGGUUGCUAUGGAAUUAUGUGACCAAGACGAAGAAGAAGAAAAUAGCCUAUUAGCGAAUACAACGUUCCGGAAAUUAUCGUUCACCACCUCAUUUGAAAAUGAGUCCGACGGUGAUGAUUCUGGAGAUGAAGAUUCUGACAAAGAAGAACAUAAAAAAGCCCCAGUUUAUUAUCAUUUUAAAGAUACAAUCAACGUUAUUUUAUCAAAAAAUGAAUAGUAAGGCAUUUGCGUUUAAAUAUUUGUAAUAAUAGUUAACAAUCUACAAUAGUCAACAAUAAGUCAUAUUAUUAUCUAAUAAUAUAUAAUA